GGUAGCCCCGCCCCCGACCCGCCUGUCGCCGUGCUCCGGGGAUCGCCAUGGCGCCCACGAUCCAGACUCAGGCGCAGCGGGAGGAGCCGGGCCACAGGCCCAACUCCCACCGGGCGCUUCCUGAGAGGUCAGGGGUCGUGUGUCGAGUCAAGUAUUGCAACAGUCUCCCCGACAUCCCUUUUGACCCCAAAUUCAUAACAUACCCAUUUGACCAGAACAGGUUUGUACAGUACAAAGCCACCUCCCUGGAGAAGCAGCAUAAGCAUGACUUGCUGACUGAACCUGACUUGGGCGUCACCAUCGAUUUGAUUAACCCCGACACAUAUCGCAUCGACCCGAAUGUUCUUCUGGAUCCAGCUGAUGAGAAGUUGCUGGAAGAGGAGAUCCAGGCGCCCACCAGUUCCAAGAGAUCCCAGCAGCACGCCAAAGUGGUGCCAUGGAUGAGGAAGACUGAAUACAUCUCCACAGAGUUCAACCGUUACGGCGUCUCCAAUGAGAAGCCAGAGGUUAAGAUUGGGGUGUCCGUCAAACAGCAGUUCACAGAAGAGGAAAUCUACAAGGACAGAGACAGCCAAAUUGCGGCCAUUGAGAAGACCUUUGAAGAUGCUCAGAAAUCCAUUGCUCAGCACUACAGCAAGCCUCGGGUUACUCCCGUGGAGGUCAUGCCCGUCUUCCCCGAUUUCAAGAUGUGGAUCAACCCUUGUGCUCAGGUCAUCUUUGACUCUGACCCAGCACCCAAGGACACCAGUGGUUCGGCUGCCCUUGAGAUGAUGUCUCAGGCCAUGAUCAGAGGCAUGAUGGACGAGGAAGGGAACCAGUUUGUGGCCUACUUCCUUCCCGUGGACGACACGAUGCGGAAACGCAAACGCGACCAAGAUGAGGAGAUGGAUUACGCCCCCGAGGACAUUUACGAGUAUAAGAUUGCCCGGGAAUACAACUGGAACGUCAAGAACAAGGCCAGCAAAGGCUACGAGGAGAACUACUUCUUCAUCUUCCGGGAAGGUGAUGGAGUCUAUUACAAUGAAUUGGAGACCAGAGUGCGACUGAGCAAACGGCGAGCCAAGGCCGGGGUGCAGUCGGGCACCAAUGCUGUGCUGGUGGUGAAGCACCGGGACAUGAACGAGAAGGAGCUGGAGGCACAGGAAGCCCGCAAGGCCCAGCUGGAGAACCACGAGCCCGAAGAGGAGGAAGAGGAGGAGAUGGACCUGGGCAAAGAGCCACAAGGCUCAGACGAAGAGCCGGAGAAAGGUAGCGAGAGCGAGAAGGAGGCCAGCGAAGCGGAGGAGGACGAGGAAGGCCGCUCGGCCAGCGAGAGCGAGCCGGAGGCCAGCGAGGUGGAGGGAGCAGGUGCCGAGGAGAGCGAGGAGGACGAGAGGGCAGCCCGAGACAAGGAGGAGAUCUUCGGCAGCGACGACGACGAGGACGACGACUCUGAGCAGGAAGGGGGCCGGCCGGAAGGGGACGAGGAGGAGAGCGGCAGCGAGGACGAGGAGGACGAGGACGAGGAGGGGGGCAGCCGGCGCCAGCAGCAGCGCCACGGCAGCCGCAGCCCCUUCCUCAGUGGCAGCGAUCGCUCCAACCACGAGGACGAGGACGAGGAGGAAGGCGAGGCGAGUGCCAGCGAGGCCCCCUCGGAGUCCAGCGAGGAGGGCAGUGACAGCGACUGAGCCUUCGGGCGCCGUCUCCUUCUUCGCCUCCGCUGGGACGAUGGCUGUUCCCCUUGCCUGGGCAAACGGCAGCCGAGGACACCUGUUACUUACUUCAGCUGGCGACGCUGCCGUCUCCCACGUCACCGUUGGAUUCUGGGGAGCUUCUUGUCCCACGGCGCACGAGGUGGACCCUGGGAUCCUCCCGUCUGUUGCCACUGACCUUCCAGCUCCGGCAUUGAACUAUGGCCCCACGCCUUGUGUUGAAAGACUGGCAUUGGGGGUGGGCAGGCUGUUGGGUCCGGCUCCCCUCUUUGAGUGUGUCCUCCUGUACAUAAUGCCCUGUAUUGCAGUUCUCCCCCCCCCCCCGGCCCCCAAUAAAAGGUUUUUGCCUCUUGAA